CAUUUGAGUCCAGUCCAACCACAACGCCACGGAACCGACCCACUCGCUCCGACACCUCGCGCCCGCCGGACUCGCCGCCACUCACCGGCGGCGGCGGUGGCUACUUCGACCGCUGCCCUCGCCACCAAUGUGGAAGCGCCUCCUGGAGACGACCAAGCAGGCAGCCGCCGCUUCUUCCCCCAAAUCCGCCACCCCGGCCGCAGCCGCCCCCAAGCCCGCUACCCCGGCUGCCGCCGCCGCUCCCAAGCUCUCCACCCUGAAGAGCCCCUCCUCCAGCCGCCGCGCCGCCGUCACUCCAGCUACCGCCGUCAGCCAGGCCUCCCUCCUGCGCCUCAAGCAUGCGGCAGCCUCAAAGAAGACCACCUUGCCAUCCUCCCUCCCACACGCUCAAGCCCAUGCCCAUGAUGAGGAGGAACCCCCUCACGCUCUCACCAAGGCGCUCAUGUCCGUCUUAGAUGUUCAAUGCGCAGGGCCUGAUGACAUAGAAGAAUCAUGGCCUUCGGAGGCGCCAGCAGAGGACUCUGAAGAUGCUGGGAAUCUUGUCGGGAAAAAGAUAUUGGACAUCGAGUGGUUUGUGGCGCCACCAUCGAGGGACCCGCUGAUGCAUUGGAGGAGGGAGGCGGCGAGGGAGAAGAAGAAGCAGUACAUAUUCAAGAACACAGAGAGCCGCCGCUUCACGAAGCUGAUGCGGACCUGCGCCGAUAAGCUUGGUGCGGAGUUGACGCUUGAGUUUUUCGAGAAGCUGGGGAGGGAUAAUGGGGUCAAGGAGUUCAAUGCAUUGAUUAGGGUUUGUUUGGACAAGGCGAGGGCCUGCAGGGAUAUUGACUCUGCCGUGGAACAUAUUUAUAGGGCAUAUAACCUUUUUGAGAUGAUGAGAGACAGGGGGCUUAGGAUCGAGCAAGAUAUUUAUGGCCCAUUCCUCUUGUAUCUGGUGGAAGUGGGCCUGUCAGAAGAAUUUGAGAUGUUCAGUACGUUCUUUAAGGAUGCAAAUCCACAGUCCUACUCUAGAAUAGCUUAUUAUGAGAUGUUGCUUUGUAUUAGAGUUCAAAAUGAAGAAAAAAUUCAAGAACUUUGUCACUCUGUUGAAGACUACAACGAGGAAGCUCACUAUGACAUAGCAGAAAGUUAUAUGUUGGCCUUUGCUGAAAGCGGCAGAAAGAGGGAUCUGAUCGCUUUGUUGGAAUUACUUGAUCUAACGAAAGUUUCAGGCUCAAAGUACAUAUCUAGUAUAUUCAAAUCAUUGGGUAGGUUAGAACUGGAGAAAUAUGCUGAGAAACUUCUUCAGGGGAUGAGGUCAAAAGAAUCUGCUGGUGGAAACAUUUCAUCCUUAAUUUUUGACUAUGCUGCAAAUAUACCGAACAUAAUGGUUGAAGACAUUGUAGUAGCAUUUCAUAAAUGGCACGAGAAGUUUGAGGUAGCACCCUCUAUUGCUGCAUAUGACAGGAUCAUCUCUAUCUGUUGCAACUCAUCAAUGAUCAGCUUAGCUCUUGAUGUAGCUGACUGCAUGUGUAAAUCUAAUUCCGAUGUGCCAAUUGAAUCGUUUCAUCCAAUCAUACAGGCUUGUGAGCAAAGAUACGAACUUCACAUGGUUCACCCCAUAUAUGAUUUGAUCCGUCGGCACAAGUUGAAAUUGAAAAUUGAAACAUUCAGAAGCAUAAUAAGUUCAUUUGUAAAAAUGAAGGAUUUUGAAGGUGCUUACAAGAUACUCAUAGAUGCAGAAGAAUCCGGGGAGAUAUCAACCAUAAGCCUGUAUAAUGCUAUCAUGCUUGGAUAUUAUAGGGAGAAAAACCACAGUGGAGCACAAAUGGUCAUGGCCCAAAUGCAGAUUGCUGGAGUAAAACCAGAUUCCGAAACAUUCAGUUAUUUGAUAGUGAACUGUGAGUCUGAAGAGAACAUUUCUAAGUAUCGUGACCAAUUACGGCAAGAUGUAAUUCCAAUGACCAGACAUAUAUAUAUGGCACUCGUUAAUGCAUACUCAAGACUUGGGAACUUUGACAUGGCCAAGCAGAUUCUACUGGAUAAGGAAAUACCACGUAAAUACCUCAAGGACAUUAAGAGCGCACUUGUAACAGCGCUUGCAUCAAAUGGGCAAGUGUUAGAUGCACUUAGCAUGUAUGAUGAAAUAAAGCAAUCCGGAAGCUCCCUUGAGCCAAAGGCUGCCAUAGCCCUGAUUGAAAAUAUUCGAACAGAAGGUGAACUGGAUAGAAUGCGUCAACUUCUGGAGGAGCUGAGUGAGUCAAACCACUGGUUUGAGGGGUGUGGCAGAGUACUUCUAUACUGUGUUCAGCACAACCACCCUGAUGCUGCGAUUGAUAUACUUAAGCAGCUCAAGGCGAAAGAUGAAAUGAGUACAUAUAUGGUUGUCGAUCAGGUUUUUGGCCAAAUAUGGGAUAUGGAGGCCACAAAUUUGGAUCUUGGGAUGGAGCUUCUCCAUGCUGUCAAAGAGCUUGGACUUAAUGUUUCUCGGACAAGCCUUGAUUUUCUUCUCAGUGCAUGUGUAAAGGCAAAGGAUUCACAACGUGCACAGCAGAUCUGGACAGAAUAUGAAUCUGCUGGCCUUCGGCACAAUGUGUUGACUUUCUUGAGGAUGUAUCAGGCUCUUUCGUCAUCUGGGAGAUGGAAGGCAGCUAAGAAGUUGCUGAAAGAGAUAUCAAAGGAAGAUGAUCAUGUGCGCUACAUAAUAGAUUCUUGUCAUAUGACAUACUACAGUGAGGAAUUUAAGCCUCCUGCUACCAUUAGGUUCAGUUCAAAAAAAAGUGCUAGUUCAAAACAAAGAGCUACUAACAAGGGACAGGGCAAACGACAAGAGACAUUUCAAAUUGAAGCCAAACAGACAAAGACUGCCCCUUCAUAAUAGGUUUCUCUGAACAUGUCCUUUCAUUAGUCGCUCAAAGUUAUUUGCAUCAUUUGAAGGUGCUGCAUCUAGCUUGAAACAAGCAAUCAUGCAUCCAAGCCAUUGCCAAAAGAUCAUGAGACCACUAGCCGCAUUUGAGCCCCCUUUGGUGUGACCACUGGCCACCAUUCCUGCGUGCUCCACUUGACUUAAUGGCCUUAGCCAGUAGAGCCUCUCUUCUCGUAGUGCAAUCCAUGUGACCACAAGAGUUUGGUCACAGUGAAGCAAUCACCACCACACAGAUCUCAGUGUUUCACCAACCAGAAAAAAGAUCUGCUGAUUAGUUCUUUUUCUGGAGCUAUCAUUGAGCGAGGAGAAUUAGUUGUAGUAGGAAAGAUGCAUGAUUUGUUGAUUUCAUUGCAUGCAACUGCAUGAGUGUAUAUCUGGUUGCAAAUGAGAUGCAUUGCAUCAUGGCUGCCUCAUGUUCAGUUCCUGUCACUAAUGGAUUGGACACUGGCAUUACCUUAAAACGUGCAUGUAUGUCUGGAUAGCUCAAAUUUAAAGAGGAAGAAAGCAACCUUGCAUUUUUCUCCUCUUUUCUUCCCCCCUUUUCUUUUCAUACCUACCUAGUAGCUUGUAUGGUUCUGACAGAAACCUAACAUAGCAUUGUUUAAGCAAAUUGUGCACUGGCCCUGUAGAAAGCAUGAAAAGGAACACUCAAACAUGCAUUGGACAUCACAUGAAUGGUCCAAACAAGUUCCAAGUUUGUGAUGAUUCAUCUAGCUAUGUUUUAUGAAUGGUGCACACAUGCAUUGUGUACUUGAGGAUACGAAAAGCUAUGGAGGUUUAGAUAUGCCAAAAACGAAAAGCCAUGAACACAUCUACACAUUCGAAAGAAUAAGGAACCAACCAGCGUAAGAUGCACGACGGUUUGGCAUAUACCCUAGUCAUGCAUAUUCUUGGUCUCCAUCAGAAGGGCUUUAGGUCGUACUCGCAGUCAAACUUUAUUUAUUUUUUUGCAACCCCUUUUUGUUUUCAUAACUAGCUAUGCCGUCCUAUCAGUUCUGUUCUAACAUUCAAUACAUUAUAAACCCCGUAGAAGGAUUUGCAA